AUGACGACCCGUCCGCCGUCAUUGGAGGACGAGGAGAGUGCACCGCCGCUGCGGGUGCAGAUAGCGAUGAACAUGGACGCCAUGGUUUCGCAGCUGCGCCACGACUCGUCCGAGGACGCCCUCUCGCGCCUCCCCGACGCCGCCCUGCUCCAACAGUCCGUCGCCGCCGCGCGCUUCACGGAAAUAAUGGCCGCUGCUUCGAUGGCUGGACAUCAGAUGACAGCUGGACAUCAGAUGACAGCUGGACAUCAGAUGACAUCUGGACAUCAAUCAACAGCAGGACGGCCGGUGCCCACUGUGGCACCGCAUGCGGCCUCGUCCGGCCUGCAGUCUCGCCCCCUUGCCCGCUCUGACCCCGCCCUCUCACCUCAGCAGCCCCGCGCCCAGCUACCCGCUCUGCAGGCCCACCCCGCGGAGGCUCGGGGGAAUGAUGCUGCGGGGACAGACGCGGACGAGGAGGGGGGAAUGGAUGACGAGGGGAGGGAUGGCGAUGAGGGGAUGGAAGUUCUUCGCCCUCUCCCUUCUUUGUUCUCCCUCUUUCCCUGGUGUCUUUGCUCCCUUGUUCCCUCUCUUCUUCCCUCUCUGUUUCCUUCGCUUUCUCCCUCCUUCCUUUCCUUCUUGACUCUCCCUUCCCUCUCUUUUUAUCCCACUUCCUCCUUCUCUCUCUGGUUCCCGUUCCCAUCUUUCUCCUUCUCUCUCUGGUUCCCGUUCCCAUCUUUCCCACCCAACCUCCCUAUUUUCUUCCCCAUCCCCCCGCUCUCUCCUUCACUCCCCCCUUUCCUACCUCAUUCCUUCCACUCUUCCCUCUCUCCUUACUUCCCUCGCUCCCUGCUUCCCUCUCUGCCCCCUUUCCUCCUUCCUUUGCUCCGUUAUCACUCCCUACUUCCCCCUCUCCCCCCUUCCCUCUCCUCCUCCUUUUCUCUACUGUUCCUUCUCCUUCUCGCUCUUCCCCUCUCUCCCUCCUUUCCUCUCUCCCUCCUUGCCUCUCCCCCUCCUUCCAUCUCUCCCCCUUUCCCUCUUCCCAUCUUUCCCUCUUCCCAUCUUUCCCUCUCUUCCUCCUUCCCUCACUCCCUCCGUCCCUCUCCCCCUCCGUCCCUCUCUCCCUCCUCCCCUCUACCCCUUACCUCUCUCCCUCCAUCCCUCUCUCCCCCCUUACCUCUCCCUACCUUUCCUCCUUCCCUCUCUAUUUCCUCUUCCUCUCCCUUUCCAAUCGAUCCUCUCCGCCCUGUUGCAUUGCAUUCGCCCCUAUACUUCCCCACCCAUCUUAACUCCUCCCUGUUUCCCCCCAUUCCUCCCUAUUCCCUUCCAUCCGCCCCUAUUCCCCCGACCCCCCAUGGCACGUGCGAGCAGGGAGGGGUUGCAGCAGCUGCAGCAGAGCAUACCGUACGCGGCGGGCAACGAGGAGACCGCCUCCAUGCUCGACAACGUCGUCUCUUAUAUCCGCCAGCUGCAGGUGCACGCUGGUGUAGACAGGUGCACGCUGGUGUAGACAGGUGCACGCUGGUGUAG